AUGGGGGACCACGGCGGUGGAGAGGCAGCUGCUGGACGCAACUCCGGCCGCGUGGUCCGCAGGUCGGCCUCGCGAUCAGGGACAGCCAAAUCACCCGCCACGACACCCGGUCAAGGCACAGGCAACUGCCGCUAUGACAGCUCACUGGGGUUGCUCACAAAGAAAUUCGUGGCUCUUGUGGAGGCGGCUCCGGAUGGUGUGCUGGACCUCAACAAAGCAGCAGAGUCCCUGAGUGUGCAAAAACGACGGAUCUACGACAUCACUAAUGUCCUGGAAGGCAUCGGGCUCAUUGAGAAGAAGUCUAAGAACAACAUCCAAUGGAGGCCCAUGGCGACAAGUGCAGACGAGGAGUUCUCUCGAGAGAUCCAACUCAUGACUGACGAGAUCGCCCUUCUCCAGAGUGACUCGGACGUGCUGGAGCAGCACAUAGCGCAUGUGCGGAGCAGCAUUCACUCGAUGACGGAGGACCCAGCCAACAAAGAGCGGCUGUACGUGACCAACGAGGACAUCGUGAGCCUGGCCACCAUCAACUCUGACACCGUCUUCGCCGUGACAGCCCCCCAGGGCACCAGCCUGGUUGUGCCCGACCCAGAGUCUGACGUGGAGAUGGGGCAGCCGCGUAACUACAGGGCCAUCCUGACGAGCGACACGGACCCCAUAGAGGUGUGGCUGGUGUCCACCAAGAACCAGGCCAACGCACUGCCGGACAUGGCGGCCGCAAACGCGCAGCACCUGGCCAUGGGCGCCCUGCCCGAGACGCCCGCGCCCCUCUCGCCCGGCGUCCUCUUCAAAGCCGAGGGCGCUGCCCACCCCACAGGCGCGGCGAUGGGCGCGGGGCCGGUGGGGGGAGCAGGGUUGGAUGGCGCGAUGGGGCUGCCGGCGAUGGGGGGCUACGGAGCGCUGGCGGGGGGCCUGGGCCUGGCGAUGCACCCGCAGAGCCCCAGCGUGUUCAUGAAGAUGCAGACGCCCGACCUGGACGCCGGCACCUGCUGGUACGAUCACGACGUGCCCCCCACCCUCGGCGUCGCCGACAUCUUCUCCGACGACACCGCCAACCUCUGA